AUGUCGAUUUCAGUCCGCGUGCACCUCCUGAGUGGCAAGAGCGCGCUCCUGGCAACAGAGCCCGAAGAGUCCGUCACUAGCUUGUGCCAAAGAGCCCAGUGCGCUCUAGGAGCUGGGAAGGGAAGGUUGCUGACAGCCUCUGGAGACAGGCUGGCGGGAGGUGCAGUCAAACGAGCGCGUUUACAAGAUAAU